UGGACUACUUAUGCUCAACUUGCUAGAUCUCACAUGAUUCCACUCCUAUCCCACAUGAUUCCACUCAUAGAUUUUCCUUUGUCCACAGCAGUCAUCUUAAAAGCAGAAAGGAAAAAGUUCUCAAAUGCUCUAUCUACUCAGGGACUCUAGAGAAUAAUGGAAUAUCACUCUGAUGUAGAAAAUGUGGAUGAAGAUGGAUAUACUCAAUUACACUUCAACUCUCCUGGCAUCAGCAGGAUACCUAUGGUCUCAGAGAAAGGAACGUGUGGGGCAUCUCUUCCUUGGCGUCCCAUUGCUGUAGCUUUGGGAAUCCUAUGCUUGAUAAUACUGGUGAUAGCUGUGGUCCUCGGUACCAUGGCUAUUUGGAGAUCCAAUUCAAAGAGCAACUCAUUGGAGAAUGACAACUUUCCACCAAGAAAUAAAGAGAACCACAGUCAUCCCACACAAUCAUCUUUAGAAGAGAGUGUGGCUCCUACCAAGGCUCUCAAAACCACAGGAGUUCCAGAAAUUCCUUCUAGCUCUUGUCCCCCUAAUUGGAUUAGACAUGAGAAGAGCUGUUAUCUAUUUAGAACAUCACUAGAUACCUGGAAUAGAAGUAAAAGACAAUGCUCUCAGCUAAGCUCUAAUCUCCUAAAGAUAGACAGCUCAAAAGAAUUGGAAUUUAUAAUAAGGCAAGUGUCUUCCCAGCCUGAUUAUUCAUUUUGGAUAGGGCUUUCUCGCCCUCAGCCUGAGGGACAGUGGCUCUGGGAGGAUGGAUCGACUUUCUCUUCUAACUUGUUUCAACUCAGAAGCACAGCUACCCAGGAAAAUUCAUCUCCCGGUUGUGUAUGGAUUCACGUGUCAAUCAUUUAUGACCAACUUUGUAGUGUGCCUUCGUACAGUAUCUGUGAGAAGAAGCUUUCAGUGUAAGGGGGAGGGUGAAGGUAGGAGAGAGAAGUAUGUAAGACAGUAAGGAGGUCAGAAAACAGAACAGAAAAGAGUGAUAUUUGAGAUCAAAAUAAAUGCUGAAAAUAUUUAGGGAGCUUGGCAAACUUUAAUCUUAGGGUGGAGAGGCUCUGAUUUCUGUACUUGUCAACUCUAUAGGUAGGCAGGCCAGUAGUAUCAUGUUCUAGUUGAUAGAACCCUAGCCAUGGAAUCAGGGUAGCUAAGCUUGAAUUUUCAUUCUUCUAUUGACUCAACAUUUACUUAGGAUAAGCCACAGUCGUUGGAGCUUCAAGAGAGUCUUAAUAUCUGGCUCAACCAGAGUUGUUUUUUGUCCUCAAAUGUGUCACUGGAGUAAAAACUGUGUGUUUUCAUGACCGAUUCCUCAACUUCUAGCAGUAUGUCAGACAUGGGUAGAGGGAAAAAUAUACUUUCAACUAGCUAAAUGAAGAAAGGGCAAAAAAAAGUCUUCACUGCAUUUUAUUAUUUUCACCAUUAUGAUCGCAAUUAGAAUUAUCAUCAUCAAAAAGCGGUGAUCCAACUUUUUAUCAAUAAAUGGCCCAGAAAGUAUGUUUGCCAUAUCUCUGACUAAUAAAAUCCUGUGUAAUAUGAAAUUGUAGGGAAACUUCUCUGAUAGGAAAGUUUCUCCUUUUCAAAUGGUAUCAAUCAGUAACAUCUGAUAAUGAAUAUACAAAAGUACCCAAUCUCACUGGCAGAAGUAUUAACAUUUUGAGAUGCAAAACAUGCUCUAUUAUUUUUAUGAGGUGCUGGUUUUCAGUUUUUACCAAUUCCUCAGUAAUUACUAUAAAAAGGUACAAUGAGAAUGUUACUGUUUCCUCAUGUGAUAAUUUGGUUCAUUUUCUUUCAAACUUUCCUACUGGUGCUAUUUUUAUUUCUAACAGAGAUUUUUAUGUUGUUGGGGAGUCAUUUACAGCCCUCUCCAGUUGAUUAACAUGUAAACAGAAAUUUUGUCAAGUCACUGAAUUGUUGAAUUUUGUCACUGAAUUGUUCACUUUAAAAUGGGUAAUUUUAUGUUAUAUGGAUUUCACCUCAAUAAAAAUAACCUUUGGCCUCU